UCAAUCAAAAUACAUCCCAUGACGCAGUGUUGAUGUCUAGUUCGCCAUGGGCAAAAGGGCAACGUUAUGGACUAGAAAUAAAACGGUUUUUAUUUUGUUCGAAUUUGGUUUAGAAUGAGUUGGAUAAUCAUCUGAAAAGACAAAGCUAUGUACUAUUCAAGUAAAAGGCGGGGUGAAGAUGGUAUUGCUGCUAUCAUCGACUUCCUGCUGUCAAACGCCCGACUGGUGCUUGGAGUGGGCGGGGCUGCAGUGCUGGGCAUCGCUACGUUAGCUGUGAAAAAGCUGAUAGAACGUGCUGGCCGGGCUCCUGAUGAUGAGAAACCUGAUAAGAAGCUGACAGAUAGCUGGGAGGAGCUAGGCCUGGUCAGUGCCUCACCGAAACUGCUACAAAAAGGCAUUGAGGGUGUGGUCAUGAAAGAGAUCACUGCAGCAACCAAGAAAGCCGAUUUGUCCCAGGCCCUGUCCUCGUCUCCAACCCCGCCUGUAACUUUAGCUACGCCCCCAGCCGAGAGGGGCGAGCCUGAAGCAGCAGCUCGGUGCAGGCGGCUGGACCUGUGUGUGCUGACACUGAUGGAGCGUCUGCAGCAGUACUAUAGCUCUCGUGUCUGCCUCUCUGAUGAAGAGGUGGCAAGGGCCCAGCAGCGGGCACUGGACAUCGCCACUGAGAUCCAGGCCUUCCUGCGCGCCAAGCACCCAGACAUGCCCCUGGGGGAGAUGACCUUGGCCGGGUCACUGCUUGAUGACCUGCAGGUGGUCAAAGCCGACCACACUUGCCUGCUUGUGCCUUUACAGCUAGAGCCCAGUCUCUGGACUCCUAUAGCUGGAGAGGACACAUUUCUGGGCCACCCUCAGUACUGUAUGGUACGUCGUGAAAACCUUGAGUACUUCCCGCGCGGCCGGAGCUACUGGGACCGGCACCUUGUGGGCGGCUACCUGUCAUCUCGGUCUGUCACUGAGCAGCUGGGCAAGCCGAUAAUGGAGUCCAUGAACUGGCCGUCACUGAGCAGCACUUUGGAGUGCGAGGUCCGGCCAGUGCUCGGCUCGCCCGGGCUCAAGCUUGAGAUGCUCAUCCCGAGUGACUACAGUUGUAGCAACGGAGAACAACUGUUUGUCAGCGUGCUGCCCACCGUACGCCUAGGGGAAAUGACACUGACAGCGCAGCCGGAGAUCACUGGGUCGUUCGACUAUGUCUGGUAUCAGAGUCUGUACGCCAGUGAGACCGCCCGAUUAGCCAGCCUCGAUUGUUCGGACGGGAGGUCAGAGGUUAGGAGGAAAUGCCUCAAAACACUGAAGGCUGUGUGUCGGAACUGUCCUGCUCUCCACAAGCUUAUUGGCACCCAUCUUAGCAACGUUAUCCUGCACAUGAGUGAGAAGGAGUGUGAUUGGUCAGAGUCAGCCUUUGCUGAUAGGUUUCAGCAGGCCAUUACAGAGCUGAUUGGCUACUUGGAGAUGGGGGUACUGCCUAGUUAUUUUAAGCCUGGUGUAAAUCUUCUGCAGGGUUUGACUGCAGAUGACAUUGAUGAGAUGGGAUUCAUGCUAUACUGUGCCGUGACUGAGCCUGAGAUACUACUCAUAUAAAGGUUACCACAUACAUAUGGACAAACUUAUUGAUGUCUUCCUUGUAGUGGGGUGAGCGUGGGCAUAUCUAUCCACAUUCAACCAUACGCACUUCUACUUCCUUAGUCAAACGGGGCAAAGACGCAUUCUUCCUACAGCCAGGUAAAGUAUGGGCUCCAAAAUGGAAAUGGAAGAUUUUUCCGUGUAAAGCAGGUGCAUGUGCAAACAAACCUCUAUGCAUUGUGAUCUUAAUGGAAAUUUCAACUAUGCAGAGUUUGAUGUACAAGCCAAACAUUUAUUGCUGGGGCUCUUGGUCAUCACAACAUCAUAAAUGAGGUCUGCCUCACCAAGCAUCUUGCACAAGCAAAUAUUUGAAUAACUAUGGGUGGAUACAAAGCAGAGUAAAAUUGUCAGUGGGUUCAUGUGAGUAUUUAAAUACUACAUUAGCUUUUACUUGUACGUUUUUCUUUAAUGAUUGUAAUAUGUGGAGAUCUCCACUAGUCUGUCCAUGGGAUUUAGUUCUAAUUAUGCAGCUCCUUUUGCUUGGCUUGAUAGAUAUUCUUGACAUUUAUGAAUGACAGACUGGAACUAUGUCUUUUAACUCACGGUGGAAGUGUUUGACUUUGUAAAAGCAAUAAAGCAAGAGUAUUCUCUCAAA